CCUCGAGAGGCAUGCCGCUGGGGCAGACUCCCUCUCUCACUUCUCCCUUGAAGGCCAGAAGCACUGCACCUCCUCGCCCACUCCACAGCCCGUGGACUCCAACAUGGCCACAUAUGUUGUCCACGUGGUCACUGGCAACUUUCUCUUCUCUGGGACCAUCGACUCCAUUUACCUCACCUUAGUGGGCACAGAUGGAGAAAGCCCCCAAACCGUACUGGACAACUGGGGUCCUGACUUCUACCCAGGAGCGAAGCGUGACUACGAAAUCACCUGCAAGAAUGACCUGGGAGAGAUCUUGCUCGUCCGUUUAAAAAAAGAACCUGUAUUCAGCGUCCUCUCAACUAGCUGGUACUGCAAUUUUGUCAAGGUGACGUCCCCACAAGGGAAGGGGUACGUUUUCCCAUGCUACCAAUGGAUCGAGGGCCAUGAGCAUGUGGAGCUCCGAGAGGGAACAGCGACAACGCCAGCCAUGGAUAUACUCCCGUUGCUUCAAGAUUGGCGGCGGAAGCAGCUGGCACAGAGACAGGCUUGCUACGGAUGGAAAGUCUUUGCUAAGGGCGUCCCAUACUGCUUGGAUGUGGACUCCAUUAAGGAGCUGGACACAAACAUCAAGUUUUCUUUUAUCAAACUGGCCGGCUUCUCCAAAAUCUCCAGAGAAUCGAAGAUAGAACUGAAGCUGAAGGGCUUUUCGGACAGCCAAGAAUCCUGGGAAGAACUGGAGAACAUCAAGGACAUCUUCUGGUUCAACAAAACGGAUGUGUCGGUCGCUGUCAUGGAUGAUUGGAAGAAAGACGAAUUCUUUGCCUACCAGUUCCUGAACGGAGUGAACCCAACGAUGAUCCAGAGAUGCACAAAGAUCCCACCUAAUUUCCCUGUGACUCAGGAGAUGGUGGCCAAGUCUCUUGGGGACUCCACCACCCUACAGAAGGAGCUGGAGAAGGGGACCAUUUUCCUCGUUGACUAUCGCAUCCUGGAAGGGGUCUCGGCAGGGCUGAAUAAUGGACACCAGCAGUACAUCGCUGCCCCACUGUGCCUGCUGCACCUCUCGGGCGACAAGCUCAUGCCCAUCGCCAUCCAGCUCAGCCAGACUCCGGGCCCUGAAGCACCCAUCUUCCUGCCCAGUGACCCUGAAUGGGACUGGAUCCUAGCCAAGACCUGGGUGCGCAACGCGGACUUCCACAUCCACCAGGCGCUCAGCCACUUGCUGCGGACACAUCUGUUGGCGGAAGUGUUCGCCAUUGCCACCCUCCGCCAGCUGCCCAUGUGCCAUCCCCUCUACAAGCUGCUGAUCCCUCACAUGCGCUACACCCUUCACAUUAACACCCUGGCUCGGGAGCGGCUCGCUUCAAGGGGGGGCGUUUUUGACCGGGCAACUGGCACUGGUUUUGAUGGCUUGGCUGAGCUGUUGCAGAAGGGUACGGCAGCCCUGACGUUUUCCUCCCUCUGCCUCCCGGAAGAGCUUGAGGCUCGUGGUGUGUCCUCGCUGCCCAAGUACUACUACCGGGACGAUGGUCUGAAGAUCUGGGAGGCUGUGGAGAGCUUUGUCUCCGGCAUUGUUGACUUGUAUUAUGAAAACGAUAACUCUGUACGUGGAGAUUUUGAGCUGCAAGCUUGGAUCGAUGAGAUCUUCACUAAAGGCUUUCUGAAACAAGAGUCUUCUGGCAUCCCCUCCUCAUUCAAUACAGUGAAAGAGCUCAAGAAAUUCCUGACUAUGGUGAUCUACACCAGCUCAGCUCAGCAUGCUGCUGUCAACAGUGGGCAGGGCUCUUCUGGUGGUCUUCAUAUUUGGAAUUUUUGGUCACAGUACGAUUUGGGUGCCUGGAUGCCCAACUUCCCUCCUUCCAUGAGGAAGCCCCCUCCUAAGACCAAGGGUACAGCCAACCUGGAGGACUACAAAGACACCAUCCCAGCCAUCAAUACCACCUGCAUCAUCCUGAGCACCCUGUGGGUGCUUAGCGCGCCUUCAGCAGACAUGAUACCCCUGGGGGAGUACCCCGAUGAGCAUUUCACAGAGACUGGGCCAAAAAGUCUCAUUGAGAACUUCCAAGGUUGCCUGAGCAAGAUCUCCAAGAGAAUUGAGGAGCGGAACAAGCCGUUCCCCACCAUCUACCGCUACACAUAUCUGGACCCCCCUUUGAUAGAGAAUAGUAUCUCCAUAUAAGCAGAUGUUGUGUUCUCUCUAGUAGUCUUUUAUGUCUUGAUAAAUUGGCAAUGAUAUGUGCAUAUUAACUUUCAAACAGUUCUUUCCACCAAGGCUUCUUUAUUUGCGCAAAGAUAAAAUAUCAUUCACCAGAAGUUAAAAGCAAAACCAGUUUCAGUGUAAAUACACCAUCUUCAGAUGAUAAUACAUAAGGACAUAAGAACAGCCCUGCUGGAUUAGGCCCAAGAAUGCCCAUCUAGCCUAGCAUUCUGUUUCACACAGUGGCCCACCAGAUGUCGCUUGAAGCCUACAGGCAGGAGUUGAGGGCAUGCCCUCCCUCCUGCGAGAGAAGCAGUAGGUGGUGGAGAAAAGAAGGAGAGAAACAUCACAGCUGCAGAGGAAAGACUGUUUCCCACAGCUUCCAUUAUUGAAAACCUAAUGAAUUUCAUAGCCAGAACCAGAAAUGGUGGUGGAAAGAAUUCAGGUGGAUGUAUACAGAUUGUAAUUGCAUUGUUUGAUCACUUUUUUGUUUGUGUUUUUUAAAUCAUCUUUUCUAUUUUUAAAAAAAUGUUUCUCUGUUUAUACUAUUGAUAAAAUAAUAAACAAAUUAUGGGGAAAAAAUA